CUAAUCCAGACCUGCCCACCACUAAUAAAAAUGGCGUUCGAAGUAGCUAAAUUUUUAGGGGAAUCCGUAAAACAAUAGCGCGCCGCGACACUACAAAUCGCGUACUUUCAACCGUUCCGUGGCCGUGCAAGCGUGGGCGUGCGUCGUUCGCAGAGUUUUCGGCCGACUUCCGGUGAACCAGAGCCACAGAACUGCGCCUCCGCUGGUUAUUAUUGCAAAUUCUAGUACCACACCACACACUCGCGCACACAGCUACAUAGAGCAAAAGGAAAUACUAGUGCGAGUGCGAGUAAAUAGUGGCACCCAUACUGGAGCAGCGACUAAAUUAAAGUUAAUUAAUAUUUCAUUUAAUGCAAUUUGUGAAAUAAUAGAGAGAUACACAGAGAGAGAGAGAGAGAGGGAGACAGAUCCCCCGCAACAGCUCCCGCUCUCCCCUGCAGCAUGCGUGCGCUGCGUCUGUGUGUGUGUGCGUGAGAGAGUGAGCGAGACAUGUGCGUGUGAGGUGCAGCAGCAGCAGCAGCAACAACAAUCGCAUAAACAACAACAACGGUGGCAAAACAAUUUCGGUUUGUUGAAAAGAAAAUAAAAGAAACGGCAAAUCGGUGUUAUUAUUAAUAAUAUAUAUACAUCUAUGUGCGUGUGCCAUGACACACAGCCACAAGCGCAAAAACUACAACAAUUGCAACCGUCAAGGCUACCGCAACAGCAGCAACAACAACAUCAACUGCAGUUACCUUCGGCAAUGAAAUUACCUCUCACCGCCCUCACCUGCUCCUCCUCCUCCUCCGCUGCUUCCUCUCCUUCACCUCCCUCUUCUCCGCUCUCCGUUCGCCACUUCAACAACAACAACAACAGCAACAACACCAAUAAACAUGCCCGCAAAGUAUAAAUAAUCAAUAUACAAAAUAAAUCCAUUUAUUUUUAUACAAACCAAACAAUAUCAAUUAAAAGUCGGAAAUUAUGAAUAAAUUGGAUUACCCACGUCGCAAUGGUACACACAAAGUUCGAAUAACGAUAUUGUGUGCUAGAAAUUUGGCCCGCAAGGAUUUAUUUCGUCUACCCGAUCCCUUUGCUAAGGUUCAGGUGGAUGGAACUGGCCAAGUGUACUCAACGGAGAUAAGCAAGUCCUCCUUGGAUCCCAAAUGGAAUGCACACUACGAUUUGUUUCUGGGCAUUGGCGAUGCAAUCACGAUAACCGUUUGGAACCAGCGAAAGAUCCACAAGGGCAGUGGAUUUCUGGGAUGUGUGAGGAUACCCGCAUUCAACAUACAGAGCCUGAAAGGAGCUGGAUUUCAACGCUUGGACCUGGGCAAACUUUCGCCGGAUGACGAUGAGCUAGUGCGCGGUCAAAUCAUAAUUUCGUUGCUCUCCAAGGAUGGACCCAGUAGUGGCAACCCCCUGGCCAUUGUUGGACCCAGUGGCGAUGUGCGUGGACCUUCGGAAGAUGACUCUUCGGAGGACAGUUUGCCGGAGGGCUGGGAAGAGCGUCGCACGGACAAUGGACGCAUUUACUAUGUGAACCAUGCGACUAAGUCCACGCAGUGGGACAGGCCCAGGCAUCCAGGAGUUGUGGGAGGGAGCAGCCAGACCACUUCGCCGCAUCAACGCCACAACACACACAACGGCAAUAGCGGUGAUCGACAGGCGCCGGCUGGACCAACGCGCUCCACAACCUGCACGAAUCUGAUGAACAACGGCCACCGCAGUCGCGACUUGGCUGUGACGGCCUCGGACGAGCGCAGACACUCCACGGAGAUCCUUUCCAGCGUGGGCAAGGAGAACACCAGCCCCACCACGCCUGUUUCGGCCACAACAACGCCCGGCAAGAAGAAUUCCUCAUCGAACUCCUCAUCCUCGUCGGGAGGUCGCACUUUGGAGCAGCGUCAGUCAAACGAACCGGCUACGCCCACGAGCAGCACGACAUCGGCGUCGGUUCGCCUGCACAGCAACGACAAUCAUGUGAAAACGCCAAAGCACCAAACGAAUGGUCAUGCCCAGCCAGAGACCACGCCCACAUCUCCUACGGGUCAGCAGAACUAUGUGAACGGGAAUGCUCAGAAUGGCAGCGGCAGCGCAAACGGAAGUGGCCAGGCGGCGCAGCCCCAAAGUGCUAGCAACGGAUGGACGCAGGAGGAUGCCGCCACGACGUCGCCAACUUCAACGACGACUACUCCUCCCAGGCACAGUCAGAGUCCGCCAACCCCAAAUACAUCGCCACCAGCUUCGGUGACUCCCUCGUCCAAUGGAAAUGUGCACAGCCCCAAUGCAAACAGCACACCAAGUGGAGGUAGUAGAUCCUACACAGCAGCCACACCCGGUCAGCGUUCCCAGCGUCGCAGUUCGCGGCAACAGGGUGAGGAGUCCUCCACGAGACGGCGAUCCUCGCGAGGAACUAGAAACGGGGGCACCUCUGGCGGCGGCGGUGGAGGAUCUGGCCAGCGCUACGCUUCGGCAGCCAUUGCCGCUGCCAAUCAGGCAGCUCGUCCAUUUCUGGAUCUGCCGCCGGGCUAUGAAAUGAGGACCACGCAACAAGGCCAGGUGUACUUCUAUCACAUACCCACGGGCGUUUCUACGUGGCACGAUCCACGGAUACCCCGUGACUUUGACACCCAGCAUCUGACGCUGGAUGCAAUUGGACCAUUGCCAAGUGGCUGGGAGCAGCGGAAGACGGCCUCGGGAAGGGUUUACUUUGUGGACCACAACAAUCGAACCACACAGUUCACGGAUCCCCGGCUAAGUGGCAGUAUAUUGCAGAUGAUUAGACGGGGAGCCGUGCCCCCGCCGGCUGCUGCGAGUGCAGGCACACCUGCUCCGCCAGCUGCUCCUCCUGCCCCGGCCACUCCUUCGGCCACCACAGCCGUUCCAGCCCAGCCAGCACCAGCGAACAACGCAACUACAACGACGACCACAUCCACAACAAACCCGCCCCAUCGCAUUGUUCCGGAUCUGCCGCAAGGAUUGCUCGAGGGCGCCGACCUCCUGCCCAAGUAUCGCCGCGAUUUGGUGGGCAAGCUGCGAGCUCUGCGCACCGAGCUGCAAACGAUGCAACCGCAAUCCGGACACUGCCGCUUGGAGGUGUCGCGCAACGAGAUUUUCGAGGAGAGCUAUAGACUGAUUAUGAAAAUGCGGGCCAAGGACAUGCGAAAGCGUCUGAUGGUUAAGUUUAAGGGCGAGGAGGGCCUGGACUACGGUGGCGUGGCGCGCGAGUGGCUGCACCUGCUCUCCCGCGAGAUGCUGAACCCCCAGUACGGCCUAUUCCAGUACAGUCGGGAUGACCACUACACGCUGCAGAUCAAUCCAGACUCUGGGGUGAAUCCCGAUCACCUGUCCUAUUUCCAUUUCGUGGGACGCACCCUGGGCAUUGCCGUGUUCCAUGGUCACUGUCUGGACGGCGGCUUCACCACACCCUUCUACAAGCAGCUGUUGAACAAACCGAUUACGCUUGGUGAUAUUGAGGGCGUGGAUCCAGAUCUGCAUCGCAGCCUCACCUGGAUGCUGGAGAGCAACAUCAGCGGCAUCAUCGAGUCCACAUUCAGUGUGGAGAACAAUAGCUUUGGUGCUCUGGUGGUGCACGAAUUGAAGCCCGGAGGUGCCUCAAUCGCUGUGACGGAGGAGAACAAGCGGGAGUAUGUCAAGCUCUAUGUAAACUAUCGUUUCAUGCGCGGCAUCGAACAGCAGUUUUUGGCUUUGCAGAAAGGUUUUUGUGAGCUUAUACCCAGCCAUCUCUUAAGACCGUUUGAUGAACGCGAACUGGAAUUGGUCAUUGGCGGCAUCUCCAGCAUCGAUGUCAACGACUGGCGGAACAAUACGAGACUGAAGCACUGUACGAACGAAACGACGCAGGUGUUGUGGUUCUGGCAGGUGGUCGAGUCUUAUAGCUCUGAGAUGAGAGCCCGCCUGCUGCAGUUUGUGACGGGAUCGUCGCGAGUGCCACUGCAAGGAUUCCGAGCGCUGCAAGGAUCCACGGGAGCGGUGGGUCCGCGACUGUUCACCAUUCACCUGACUGCCGACGUGCCCACGCAGAACCUGCCCAAGGCGCACACCUGCUUUAACCGGAUCGAUUUGCCGCCCUACGAGACGUACCAGCUGCUCUGCGACAAGCUGACGCAGGCCGUUGAGGAGACCUGCGGCUUUGCCGUGGAGUAGGGACCAGAAGAUGGAUGGAGCGACACUGUGACCCUCACCCGAUCCACGCAUAUGCAUAUACAUAGACACCUUUAAAUAUAUUCAUAAUAAUACACCAUUAUAAAGAAACAUAUAUCAAGGCGAUUUGAAAUCAAAAUUGUACUGACCCUGGUCAAGAAGAUGAUAAGUUUUUAUUUUUAUUUGUUUGUUGAUGAACUGCUCCCGCAGCGCUGUUUAAUCUUGUGUGCUGCGCAUUUUGCAGUUAAAAAUUUAAUUAUUUAGCGAGUAUGUACUGACUCAUCGUAUACAUAGUUACCAAGUGCAUAUAUAUAUGAAUAUAUACACUUUCACACCCCCAAGCAGACAUAUACAUAUAUAUAUCUAUCCUGGCCUUUGUUUGUUUACGUCGUGGCGCGUGUUAUAAAUUGUAGUUUAAAAUAUUACGAAACCAAUUAUACAUACAAUUAUACAAGAUUAUACAUAUAUCAUAGUUGAUAAUUAGGCAUAACUAAAUUUUUAAUUGUAGGCAUUGGACCGGCAAUUUUUCGUGCUUUUGUUUAGUUUAGUACAUUUUUGAUGUUUAUUAAUUACAUUUUGUACAUUUAUAAAACCCAAUCGAACUCACUGCUAAGUUUUUAAUUAUUGUUUAAAUCGUCCUUAAACAUACACCCACACACACUCACUCAUCGACAGUUUCGCUUGCAUAUUUUAUAAGUAUGUGAGCGAAAGGAUUGCCUACCCAAAAAAGAUAUGAAAAAUAAGAGAGCAAAACAAAGCACUUGAAAAAUUACUCAAUUAUCAAAAUAGUUAUUUUUUAAUUUUUAAAUAAAUGCAAAUUAUUUAAAUUAAAUUUUAUGUUGAUCUUAAUUUUAUUUAUUGCCCCAUCGCCAGAAUCAAAGCUUAAGGAUCAAACUUCAUAUACAUAUGUAUUUACAUCAGUUUUUAAUGAAAACGAAUUGGACAAAUUUCUAGAAGGUGAUAUUAGUGAAAAUUUUAUCUGACUUUAAUUAAAUCGAAACAAUUGGUAGAUAUUUAAGAACCCCCAACCCAGCUCCCAUUCCCAAAAUCCCCUAAACACCCUCAAAAUGUAGUGCAUAUGUGAGAUCUAUUGAUUUUUUAUUAAGAACGAGGAUUCAAACCUUGAAUUUAAGCAGAUAGAAGUAACCCUCCCAAAAUACAACACAAAUCGAUCGUUAACUCUUUAGCUUUAGCGAGAUCUAGGAAUCAAAUGACUAAGGAUUCUAAGGCAGUAAUCCUGCGCACAUUGAAAAGGACUUUGCUCCAUUAACCAAAAGGGAUUUAAAAUAAAUGAGCCUUAAAAUAGA